GUUGCGAGUGUUGGUGUUUUAAAUUCAUCACCUAAUUUAAAAACAACUGAAAUUAUUGAUUGUGUUUCUUCUCUUAGUGUACUUACCUAAUUUCUACCUCAGUUGCAAUCUAUCAAGUUACUUAUAUGUAAUUUUGUUCCAAAUUUGCUACUUUUUAAACAAUGUCCAGUGAAUCGCAAAUAUCGGCAUUUUACGCGCUGAAAAACGUUUUAAUCACUGGAGGAACAGGGUUUAUGGGUAAAGUGUUGAUAUGGAAGUUAUUGUACAGCUGUCCUGAACUGAAUACUAUUUACGUUCUGAUACGAGAUAAACACGGCAAAAAUAUGGGAUACCGUAAAGAACAAUUCUUCUCUUCACCGGUAUUCGAUAAUUUUAAGAAAGAGAAUCCAAAAGUUCUUGAAAAAGUGGAAUUAAUAUCUGGAGACGUUGGACAGGAAGGAAUCGGUUUGUCAGAUAAAGAUCGUAAUAUGUUGAUAAAUAAAGUAUCUUUUAUAUUCCAUGGCGCUGCUAUUUUGAAAAUGAAUGCCGAUCUACGUACAGCUGUAAAUGUGAAUACUACUGGAACAAUAAGAAUGUUGGAUUUGGCGCAAGAGAUGGGAAAACUGGAAGCGUUUGUUUAUAUAUCUACAGCAUAUUGUAAUUGCGAAAAGGAUACAGUUGAAGAAAAAAUAUACCCUUCAAAACAUGAUCCUUAUGAUGUGAUUAAUCUUACUCGUUGGAUGGAACCUAAAUUAUUGGAAAUGAUAACACCCAAAUUGAUCUAUCCAUCGCCGAAUACAUACAUUUACACAAAACGACUGGCAGAAACAUUAUUACCAAAUUACUCGACUAAAGUCCCUAUUAUCGUAGCUAGACCAAGUAUAGUUGUUCCAUCCUUCAAGGAACCUUUACCUGGAUGGAAUGAUAAUUUCAAUGGUCCGAUGGGACUUUUUGCGGCCGGAGGUAAGGGCGUAAUUCAUACCACCAUGGUAAAAAUUGAUGCCAAAACCGAUGUGAUACCUGCUGACAUGGUUAUCAAUAAUAUUAUACUUCUACCUUGGGCGAAUUCGAGAGAACAAUUGUACCUAUUAUUUCUAAUUGAGUACAUCGAUCUUAGAUUAAAUGGAAUCAGCGUGUACCAUAUAACACAGAGUUCUCACGAAGAUAUGAAAUGGUUUGAUUUAAUUCGUCAGCUUGAGAAAAGUUUUGAAAAAUAUCCAUAUAGCUCCAUUUUAUGGUAUCCGUUUUUCGCUUACAAGGGUGAUGAUGUGAUCACAUAUACGAUUAAAUGCAUUUUCCUGCACUAUUUACCAGCCUACAUAAUCGAUUUCAUUUUGAUGCUGGUUGGACAAAAAACUUUUUUAGUUCGGAUUCAAGAUAAAGUUAGAGAUGGUGAGAAAGUAUUGGCAUAUUUCACUCACAAUCAAUGGACAUUUGCGUACGAUAAAAAGCUACAAAUAGAGAAGCUGCUAAACAACACCGACAAACAGCUUUUCCCGAUAAAUACGGAGGUAGUGGAUGAUGUUCAAAGUUACCUGGAUAAUGCACUAUUAGGAACUAAACUUUACCUUUUCAAUGAGAAAUUAGAAAACAUCGAUGCAGCAAGAAAAACAGUGAAAAUAAUGUACGUUGUAGAUAAAAUCUCUCUUCUUCUGAGAUAUUAUGUGUUCUGGAGAAUCAUUGUGUUUCUGUUCAACACAAUUACUAACAUAUGUAUUUAGUUGAUUUGUAUGCACCGUGUCCCACCAACAAUAUAGCCAGGUCAUUUUCAAGAUAAAAGAAUGCCUUCAUGUCCCAUUUUACAUAUAAAGUUUUUUCUCUUCUGUUUUAAUUGUAAGUAUCUUUCAAUUAUUUUCAGGCGAAAAAAUACGCAUUUGAACAAUAGAACUUUUACAUUUACGUCAGUAAGGCACGCCUAUCAAUCAAAUAAGUCUAGGUACCUACCACCUUGUAUUGAGUAGGUAAUAAAAUGUCAAAUUUGUGAGAAUUUCAAAUAAAAUUGUAUUACCUACGAAA